AUGGAGUGGUUUCCCAUUUAUAAUGCCGGCAAACUGUGCAGUAUUGAACCUACUUAUCAGUUAACUAGUAUAAAUUUAAUUAUCUCUAUAGCAACUUUUACCACUGGGAUGGAUAUUACAUCUUUGAUUGUAUUUCUGGAUAAACCGCAGUUUUUGAAUUAUUUUGGUGUUCCAAAUGCUUUGGAACAAGGUUUGCUCGUUGGUUCGAAUCCAAUGGGUGCUCUUUUGGGCUGUAUCCUUUAUGCCAUUCUAGUGGCUAGGAUGGGUCGCGUCACAAUGUUUCGUUUCGGUACACUUUUAUGGAUCGUAGGUUCUAUUAUUGGCAUCACAUCUGUAGCGUUAUGGAUGGUAGUUCUAUCAAGGCUCAUUAAAGGCUUGACAGUGGGGAUGUUUUCUAUACUGGUCGUGGCCUAUGCAAGUGAAGUAUUCCCCAAGAGAGGGAAAGGUAAAGCAAUGGCUUUUACCCAUUUGACACAUACAGCUUCUAUUGUGGUUAUUUAUUAUGCUAGUGUCUGGUCAACUGUUUUGAAAUCACAUUAUUCGUUCAAGCUUGUAUGGGGGGUGGAAAUCAUUCCUUCAUUGAUUUUUUUGAUAUUUUCAAUUUGGCUACCUGAAUCACCUCAAUGGUUGACUGUACAUGGGAAUUAUUCAAAAGCAGAAGCAGUACAAAAUAAGAUUGCUGAAACUUAUAAACCAAAUAACAAAUCGUUAGUCAUUCCAAAAUUAAAUAAGAUAGACUUGGCAACUCUUUAUGGAGAUGGGAUUAAUAAUUUUAGAUACAUUGAUCUUUUCAGAAGAAAUUGUUGGAGACAGACGUUGAUGGGAUUCUCUCUACAAAUGUUAGUUCAGGUAAGUGGUGUCAAUUUCUUGAUGUUUUACAUUAUCUAUAUCUGUGACAUGUUGGGUUUAGAAGGAAAGGCCAAGACGUUUUCGGCUUCCGUACCAUAUUUUAUUAAUAUGAUAUUGAGUUCUUUACCAAUAACUUACUUGGAUAAAGUUGGAAGGAGAGAUAUAACUGCUGCUGGUUCCUUCCCACUUUGUUUAAUAAUGAUAGCAAUUGGUAUAUUUAUGGCAAUUGAUGGACAUGAAGUUGAGCCAGAAGUUCAAAAUUUGGGAGUGAAUUGGGUUGUCAAUGCUCAUGGUGGACCAAUUAUAUUAGGAUUAUGUUUUCUUUUUAUUUCAAUUUUUGCUCUAACUCUGUCAUGUGGACCUUGGAUAUAUACUAAUGAAUUAUUACCAACAAGAGCAAAACCAAAGGGUUUUGCGCUAUGUAUGUUGACUGGUUGGACAGUUAAUUUUAUACUGACACUUUUAGGACCUUUGAUGAUUCUACAUUUGAAAUGGGCAACAUUUGUAUUGUUUGGUGCGAUGACAUUUGUGAUUUCUGUCUUCGUCGUUGCACUGUUCCCAGAGACUAAAGAUUUGGAUAAUGACGUAAUAGAUAAUUUAUAUGGGAACUAUAAUCAAAAGGAAAAGAACAGUUGUUCCAAAUUAGAAAAGGCAUCGUCAUAUCCAGCUACCCCUAAAACUUCAACCGAACCAUUUGGACCAAUUAUUAUGAAUGAAUUUGACGAUAGUUCUAAUGAAUUAAAAUCGACAUAG